AUGGGUAACUGCAACUGCUUGGAGCGGGCGAGGGCGAAGGUGACGGCUUGGGCCGGGGAGGACGACGGCACCGGCGAAGAUGACUACUGGGGAGCGGCGGCGGCGGAGUUCUCCGGCGGAGUGGCGCAAGGCGCGCUGUCGACGAGGAAGGAGAAGGACGGCGGCGGAGGCGGUGCGAGUUCGCCGACGAGGCGCGUGAGGAUCCGGAUGACCAAGGGCCAGCUCCGGCGGCUGCUGGACGGCGCCGGGAGGGGGUCGGCGGUCGAGGACGUCGUCGCGGAGAUCAUGAGCAUGGGUGACGUGCACGUCGAGCCAGUGGAGGCGGACACCCACGGGCCGCCGCCGUCCAAGCUGGAGACGAUACAGGAAGACAUGGACGAGUAGCGCCGUACGGCCCGUACGUCCAUGGACGGAGAGGAGAGAGCGUGAGAUCGUCAGAUCGAUGGAUCAUCUGGAGAUGGACUGUGUGUUAUUUUGGAUAUACUCUAGUUAAGUUUUGUAGGACAUAUCAUGCCAU